CCAUGAAGACAUGAUAUAACAUUCACCCUGAUGUGAGAACAAGGUCUCUCAACUAAACUUCAGUGUGAACAGCAGUCAUUGGCUUUGUAUGGGACUCCAGUCAACAGCAGUGACGUCACCCUGCGCUCCGCUGGUGCUCUCCGUUCCCGCGUGACCAACAGCAGUGCGGAGCUCCAUUGGUUCAGGCUCACGUCAGUCUGAAGUGAUACUAGUGCAGAGCUACAAACUCCAACUACAUCAGAGAAGAGAGAGCAAAGCAGCUCGGGAGGAAAAUGUUGCGUGUCUCGAGCGCCGGGACCAGCUGAUCGAUAACUGGGACUGCGUGAUAAACGCGACUCCAAUCGAGCAGCUUGCGACCGAGCGCACAUCUGAGUUCUCCGUGGUGUGCCAGCCCUCUGUGGUCUCUCCAUGCCUCCUUCUCCUCUAGACGACAGAAUUGUGGUGGCGCUGCCAAGGCCUAUACGACCUCAGGAACUCCGACUCCGCCUGGACACCAGCUACCUGGAAGCCACCGUGGGCACCGUCGGUCAGUCGACGGUCAUCAGCAGCACCACCGUGGUGAAGAUCCAGGCGUAUAUGCCCUCGUCCAGCGGCUCCACGCGCUCGCUGACGUGUGGAUGCAGCAGUGCCAGCUGUUGCACGGUGAGCACCUAUGAGAAGGACGGCCAGGUCAGCGCCAGCAGCCCAAACCUGAGCUCCGGAGUGGGCUAUGGGGUCCCGACGGAGGCCAGUCUCACCUCCAGCCUGAGCAGGGGCGGCAUGCGGGUCAUCCACCCCAACGAGCUGGCCAAGAAGCUAACGCAUUGCCCCUUGGGCCACCCGGUGGGGUCGGUCCCCGUCAUCAUCGACUGCCGGCCCUUCAUGGAGUUCAACAAGAGCCACAUCCGAGGCGCCGUGCACAUCAACUGCUCGGACAAGAUCAGCCGGCGACGGCUCCAGCAGGGCAAGAUCACCGUCCUGGACCUCAUCUCCUGCCGCCAGAGCAAGGACUCCUUCAAAGGGAUUUUUUCCAAAGAGCUGGUGGUGUACGACGAAAGCACGGUGGACCCGGGCCGCUUGACGCCGUCUCAGCCUCUUCAGGUGGUUCUGGAGUCGCUCCGGAGGGAAGGAAAGGACCCCAUCGUUCUUAAAGGAGGCCUCACUGGUUUCCGACAGAGCCACGAUGAUCUGUGUGAACACUCUCUUCAUCUGGAGGAAGGACAGGACGGCAGUACCACAGUUGGUCUGUCGGGGGCGCUACCUCAUUCCCUGCCCUCCACGCCGGACAUCGAGAACGCAGAGCUGACGCCCAUCCUCCCCUUCCUCUUCCUGGGCAACGAACGGGACGCUCAGGACCUGGAGCUCAUGCAGCGGAUGGACAUCGGCUUCAUCCUGAACAUCACCACGCACCUGCCGCUCUAUCACUACGACCUCGGCCUGUUCAAGUACAAGCGCUUACCUGCCAGCGACAGCAACAAACAGAACCUGCGGCAGUACUUCGAGGAGGCCUUCGAGUUCAUAGAAGAGGCUCACCGGGCCGGCCGCGGCCUCCUCAUUCACUGUCAGGCCGGCGUGUCUCGCUCCGCCACCAUCGUCAUCGCAUACCUGAUGAAACACACCUGGAUGACCAUGACGGACGCAUACAAGUUCGUCAAGUCCCGGCGGCCCAUCAUCUCGCCCAACCUUAACUUCAUGGGCCAGCUUUUAGAGUUCGAGGAAGACCUGAACAACGGCAUCACUCCGCGUAUACUCACCCCCAAACUCUCCGGCCUCGAGACCGUCGUAUAGCGUCUCCGAUCCAGACGGGAUAUCCUUGAUUGGUGGAUGAGGAAGACAUGUCCGGUCAGUGUUCAGCCAAACGCUGUGCUGGUGCUGGCUAACGUUCACCUGUCUGAAAACAUGAGGCUCGUUUCAUUGUUCUUACUCUGUUUUUAUACGCCUAAAGUGGCUUCACUGUGCAAUAACGUGUGUGUGAUGUGUAUAUAACGAGCCUGUGUUUUUCAUAUGUUCAUUUAUGCUUGCUUUAUACACGUUUGGACGAUUUUAUCUCAUUAGCAUCGCCGCUGACAAUCAGAACAAACCUCAUUUGAAUGUCCUCUGAAAAUAACCCAGUGCAUGAUCGGGAUAUUACGAAUAGAGCUGAAGUGGUCAGUUUUAUUGGUUUGCAUCAACAGUUUUCAUGUUGGGUUGGUCAGCGUUGCACAUUCGGUCUCUUUCUGCGUCUGUAAGUGUGUGUUUGUGUGAAUGGGAUCCGUGUCCGUGUAUAUUUAACUCUCUCCUGACCUCAAGCUGGCCAGAAGGAUGCUUGAGUUUCAGCUUUUUGCGCACUUGUAAGAAUCGUGCCUCUCUAUUGGUGCCUUAACUCAUUUUCUUGUGUGUGAAGCGUGUGUUUUAAUGUGCUGGAAAAGAGUCAAAAGGUUGAUUCUGAUCACGGUUACGACAAAGUACGUUCUUCUUUCUCAUAACAGAACUAAAACGCUGUGAAACAACACAACUCGGGGCUCGAAGUGUACACAAGGACAGUUUAUAAUUCUUCACCUGGAGCCUGUCAAUCAUCCCGAUUAAAUGUUUUUCUGAUUAAUACAUUUGAGUUUUUCAGCUUUACGCAAAACCUCCUGCACUCUGGCCGUACGAUUUUGAAAUCUUGCAUAUUACUGCUUUUGUUAAACUAAAAGAAGUUGUGAAAUUUCAGUGAAAUUGUAUCCCCAUGUUUGUCAUUUCUAUAAAUAUGUAAGGACUGAAAAUUUGACAAAGCAAGAAGUCGACUUGAAAUAUUUACAAGAGAUCCUCACUCUCAGUGAAAGCAGACUUAUUAUUAUUUUUAUUGUUAUUAUAAAUCAUAAAAACCCACACAAAAAAUUCACACAGAAAAAAAAGCAGAAAAAAUUUAAUUGCAAAAUGUAAACUCAAAAAUUUGCGACUUUUUUUCUUGCAAUCUGAGUUUACAUUUAGCAAUUCUGAGGGGAAAAAAGUUUGAAUUGUGCAAAAAAAAGUCACAACAACUUUUUUAUUACAAAGAAACAUAAUCGUGAGUUCAUAUCUUCUUUUCUUCCUAAGAAUUGCAAGAAAAAAGUGACGCUUCAUAUCAAGCUCCUAUUAGAUAUAUCAUUAAAUUCAAAUGUUGGAGGAUGAAAACUAAAUGCAAAGCACAUUUUGACUAUGUUAAGCUUUCCUGUAAAUUAACCGCGCUAUGCUAAAGGAACAGAUUGUGUUUCAUUCAUGUUCAGCUGAUGCAAAGUGUAUUUUUAUCUUCGAAUGCUGGUUUCAUGUCACUUCUGUCACACUGUGCUCGUCUGAAUCCAGGAUUUCAAGGACAAAGACUGUCUGGGUGCAUGCGCUCAGCUGGUUUUAUGGUGGACACAUUCGCUAAUGGAUUUCUAUGCAUUGUUUAUAUUUUUGCACUGACUUAAAAAAAAAAGAAAAAAAAAAAAGAAAAAAGCUUUUUUUUACGUAUGAUUUUCCCUCAAAGGUGCUACGACGCUGGAGGCCUUCCACACUGUUUCUGCAUGACCUGCUUCAGUAAAGUGUCUUCCUGUAAACCAAGAGCUCUCUGUAAAUGUCAGAGUUCACAACACUGUUAUUUUGUAAUGUGGGGUUUGGAAAUAAACAACAACAACAACAAAAGAA